GCAGUGUUGGAGACGCUGUGAAACUCAGUAAUGUUUCCGACAUCGCCUCCUCUUUCUGUGACGUCCCGGGAAUGUCCUCCGCAUUUCUCAGCUUCAGUUGGUCAGAGGAGAAACAGACAAAAGACGACAGAAAUGGGUGGAAGAAAAUCCAAGAGUGUUGGGGACGACGGAAGAAAGAGCGCAGCUUUGGAUGAAAAUCUGCCAACAGUCGAACGCAUUCGCAAGCAUACGACCACACACUUCGGUUUCAGCGUGCUAAGUCUUGCUCGACGUGGCAUGACGGAUCUCCCGGAGGAACUAUGGCAAAUAACAGAGCUGCAAAAGCUGAACUUAUCACUGAAUUCUCUACGCUCUCUUCCGGGAUCGCUGGGUUUGCUGCAGAACCUGGUGGUGCUUAACAUUUGGGGAAACCAGCUGACCAGCUUACCACCUGAAAUCGGCCGACUGAAAAUUAAGGUGCUUUUUGCAUAUCGGAAUAGCUUAAGCGAAGUUCCCGAAGAGCUUUGCUUGUGCAGUAAACUGGAGGUGUUGAGCUUGGCUAAUAAUCAUCUCACCGGGCUCCCGGCGUCUCUUUCAGCUCUCGUGGGCUUAAAAAAACUCAAUCUAAGCCACAAUAACAUAACACACAUCCCCGGCUGCGUCUACACCAUGAGGAACCUGGUGUUUCUGCAACUAGCAUGCAAUAAUCUGGAGAACAUCGCCGAUCAGAUACAAGCCCUGGCGGAUUUGAAGAUCCUCAUCGUUGAGGGAAACUGCAUCCACUCGCUUCCCAAGAUGCUUUGCUGUUUGACUAAGCUGGAGCUUCUGAACGUUGACUUUAAUGACAUCCAGAACGUUCCUGCGGAGAUGCACAAGCUGAAGCGUCUGGAGAAGCUAGCGUGCCAUCCGCUGGAUAAAGGUCUGCACAUUAUGCACAAUCCGCUGCUGAAACCCAUUAAAGAAGUGCUGGACGGCGGCCUGCAGGCGCUCUACUGCUAUCUGAAGGCCACGUGAGGGUUUGUUUAUCCGCCGCUCUUCAUUCUGGACUCAGACAAGGUCUUCAACAAGUGUUUAUUUGUGUUCUGACUGAUAUCAGAGAGCGUGCGCCUGCCGGAGCUGUGCUGCUGAGGGGUUUGGGGAACACGAAGGGUCUGUUUAUGAAUAUUAAAGUUGUGAAUAAAGAUUUUUAGAGUACUUUUGACUACAAAACACACUGCGAAAAUGCUUUACUUACUUGCUUGGAGUGUUUAUCUUGUUUCUAGUCCUACUAUCUGAGCGGAUUUUCUAGACAAGCACAACAUUUAGUUCUGUUUUCAGAAAUGAUGAGUCAAAAUGAGUUAAGCAAGCAAAAUAAUCUGCCAAUAAUCUUGUUUUUCCUUUUGACAUGAGAUUAAAGUGUCAUGACAUGAGUACUAAUGUACUAAUGACAUUAGUAGUGUCAUGCUACUUUAAAAGCAUUAUCUUACAACCUUAAGUCACUUUUUGUCUAUGCCGCUCUUCAUUCUGGACUCCGGCAAAGCCUUUAGAGAAGUGUUUUAUUUGUGUUCUGACUGAUAUCAGAGAGCGUGUGCUGUUGUUAGUUAUAUAGAUCGGUUUUGGGGAACAGGAAGGGUUUAUUUGUUUAUAUUAUUACUAGACUGUAAAUAAAGUUUUGGCAAGUUGUGAAUAAAGAUUUUUGGAGCACUUUUGACUACAAAACACACUGCAAAAAGCUUUAUUACAUUUUUUGGCUUGUUUCUAGUGCAAAAAUCUAAAUGUUCUUAUAUAAAGAAGCAUUUUCUAGACAAGCAAAACAUUGUCUUGUUUUAAAGUCAAAAUGAAAUGAGCAAGCUAAAUAAUCUGUUUUUCCCUUUGACAUAAGAUUAUUUUAUUAUUUGUGAUCAGUGUUGGGUUAUGCUACUUUAAAAGCAAUUAUCUUACAACCUUAAGUCACUUUCUGUCUAUGCCGCUCUUCAUUCUGGACUCCGGCAAAGCCUUUCGAGAAGUGUUUUAUUUGUGUUCUGACUGAUAUCUGAGAGCGUGUGCUGCUGAUCAAUAAGUCAUACAGAGGGGUUUUGGGGAACAGGAAGGGUUUAUUUGUAAUAUUAUUACUAGACUGUAAAUAAAAGCUCUUUUGGAAAGUUGUGAAUAAAGAUUUUUAGAGUACUUUUGACUACAAAACACACUGCGAAAAUGCUUUACUUACUUGCUUGGAGUUUUUAUCUUGUUUCUAGUCCUACUAUCUGAGCGGAUUUUCUAGACAAGCUCAACAUUUAGUUCUGUUUCAGAAAUGAUGAGUCAAAAUGAGUUAAGCAAGCAAAAUAAUCUGCCAAUAAUCUUGUUUUUCCUUUUGACAUGAGAUUAAAGUGUCAUGCUACUUUAAAAGCAAUAUCUUACAACCUUAAGUCACUUUUUGUCUAUGCCGCUCUUCAUUCUGGACUCCGGCAAAGCCUUUCGAGAAGUGUUUUAUUUGUGUUCUGACUGAUAUCUGAGAGCGUGUGCUGCUGUUAGUUAUACAGAGGGGUUUUGGGGAACAGGAAGGGUUUGUUUGUUAAUAUUAUUACUAGACUGUAAAUAAAAGCUCUUUUGGCAAGUUUUAAAUAA